AAUUCACAGCACGUGCGUCAGUGAAAUCAUGCUGGACAGAACAGUACAUAAACAGCGGAGAAAUCUCCACUCCAUCACUGGCCUACCUGAGGAAGAGUACCUGAGGAGAACAACAGUGAUUUACCUACUACAACAGUUGAUUCUCCAACACGUCCUCUCCCUUUUCAUCCAGACAAGCAGCACCACCAUGAAGGUUCUGGUCAUCUUUGCACUACUUUGUGUCGCCCUCUCUGCUAGGGCAGCAGCAGUUCCUGUGGAGAGCGAUGCUGUGGCGGUAGAAGAGCCAAAAAGUGCCCCAGAAGAGGCUGUUGAGGUUGAGGCUCCUGUAGCAGAGGAGAAGCUGAGUGACGCCCCAGAGGAUGAUGUACAGACUGAGGCUGUUAACGAGGUGGCUGUGGCACCUAAAGCGGCACGCAGUUUCUGCCCUGACGGAUGGUUCAGCUACCAGUCCAAGUGUUACAUGUUUGUGAACACUCCUCGGUCCUGGUUCGACGCUGAGGAACAUUGCAAUGAACUGGGCGCCAGCCUGGCCUCCGCCAGCUCCUCCCCCGAGUAUCGUUACCUGCAACAGAUAACCAGAACAGCCAACAGAGCCACCGCCUGGAUCGGUGGAUUCUACCUCAGGUGAGA